AUGGAUGGCAGCCAUCCAGUUUUUAGUCAUUCUCAGAUGAUGACCGUCGCGGCCACGGUGGUUGGGUCCCUUCCCAGCGAGCAACUUCCGGAUGGACCCUCCAGGCCAGGACAGGGAAGAAGUGGUUCAGAUGAUACAGUGCGGACUCUACCAGAUAUGGAUCCCAGAAACGAUUCAGCGGCACAUCUCAAGCUUACUCGAUGUCGCGUUCGGUCAGAGCCCACGUCGAUGGUUGUUGUGGACCGAAUCGAUUCCGAAAGCUCUCCUACCAUUCCAAGAGUGGACUCGUUACUCCACCUUGGUUCUAAAGUAGCCUCGAAAGACUUGAACAAACUGCUCAAUGCUCGUGUUCGCCAGGCACCGCUAAGUAUUGACAUAGACAAGGCCAACGGACCCUCAACUUCUUCGACAGCCGACUCGCCUACGAAAGAUGGGCCUCGCUCGUCUCGACUCGAAACCGAAAAAUCACGUCCGAGGGUCGAACUGUAUUUCAACCUGAAUAACCAGGUUGCAGUCGAGGGAGGAUUGAUCAGCGGCUCGCUUACGGUGCGCACCCGUAAGCCGCGCCGUGGUGAAGCUCGACACGUUCGAAUCGAUGGUGGAAAGAUUCGAGUGCUGGGAUACGAAGGGGUAUCGGAAUCUGAGCGAUAUGCAUUUUACCAGUGCGCAGCUUCAUUGGUAGAUGCAACCGGGGACCUCAGCCAGCUGUACGAAUCGUCGGCCGAUCCCGAAGGGUUUCACAUUGCACGCGAAGGCACAUUUACGACGGCGUUCAAAAUGCAUAUACCUCAACCUUCCGACUCUCAGUCGAAAAAGAGCGCACCCAAAGGCGUGAUACAAGAUGGCAGUAUUAGCGCCACUAUCAAGUACAUUCUUCUCGUUUCAUUUAAAGUCCGAGACGAUUCUGACAACGCAACCGGACUCGACAAGUAUGCAUCUCUCGUUAACCUCAAAACCUCGAUUGCCCACUUUUAUCGCCAUGUUGAAAUAUGGCCUUCGUAUGGUCCACUUACUUUACACUCUGCAGAAGAGAUCCGCUCUGCUGUGGAUCAUUCCGGUACAGUUUCGUCCAGAACAGCCCAAGAAUUAUUCCUUGGAGGCUCGGGAAUGCUUCAUUUAACUGCAGUAUUACAUCGAAAGAUUUGGCUUGCGGGACAAAAAUGCACAGUUUACAUUGGAGUGUGGAACGAGACACGCAAAUUUGUUAAAGCACUUAAUUUGGCGAUUAUCCGGAAGACAAGUCUUACGCGCCCCAAUCAAAAUGAAACCACUGGUCGUAAGCAGAUUGCAGAAGUCACACUCGACGCAUUUCGUGGACCUUCGUUUGGAGCAGUGACUGGGAAGGGUUGGUGGGCAGGCAUAGAACCAGGCUCAAGUUCCGAGCUUUCGUAUAUGAUCAGCAUUCCCAUCGAUGCACUCACUGUGCCUCGUACACACAUUAUUGAAAUUUCCUAUGUACUACGAGUAUCGCUCAUAACUGGUUCACUUUCUUCGAACGUUUCCGUGGAUCUGCCUUUGGUUAUUAUCAACGCACUUUCUACAGACGGGAUUCCCACUCCUCCUCCUCCAGGAUUACUCACGGGAAGCCUAAAGCUACCAAAGGAUGCUCCCGUUUUGUUUUCUUUCAAGACUCCAAGGACUAAAGAUAACGCAAAUAUUGACUUACGAACUUGGAGUUAUCCUCAUGCCAGCCCUCGGGAGACAUCUCCAUUCCCCAGGGACUACAUAUUGGAUUGGACAAAACGGACAUCAGCACACCCACCUUGUGAAACCGACCCAAGUCCUAUAAGAUCGGACUAUACCCAUGGAUCAAUUUCACUUCCGGUGUCAGCGCGGGCAUCUCCUCGGAUUGGCGACACUUCAACUACUUCAGAAUCUGUUAGCAAUCUCAUUACACAACUCGAGUCCGACCUCGAUAGCAUCGGACAAACGGUUAGUGCUGAUCAAGAGCGCCGAUCAGUUCGUUUCGCACAUCAAAACGACAAACGGGAUCCUUCAGCCUCCGAUACUCUCAAGGCACGCUCUUCUACGAAACAUCGAGUGACUUUUAUGAUGCCCAUACAGUUGGAUGCCGAUAUGGGUUCGGUCUUCCCGCCAUCCAGCGAAUAUUCACCACAGGUGAGCUCCGGCACCGGACACUAUACUGGAUUACGACAGCAACCCCUGGUCAAGAAGCUCAAUCCGCAAGAUAGAGAACCAAUUUCGGUUAAUCCAGAUAAAGAUAUUUGGACAUCCGACGACGCCGAUGCAAUCCUGAAUUCUAUUCGCCCGGACACCCAAACGUUUUGUACCUCUAGCCUCAGUAGUCUCAGCCAUACCCAAGAAAUUGUUGCCGACCGACCUUCGUCCGGAUUAUACACUGCCUCGACCUCGACCUCAACAUCGGAACCGUGGUCUUCAAGCGGGACUACCACUGAUUGUCACUCGGGCACAGAUGAUUAUUAUUCGAGGUUUGAUGCGCCAGGUCCAGGGUUUCGGAACCCUCCAGCACGAUACGAUCUGCAGGACAUCUCUUCGGCACCCGGAUCCCAAUCUAGUGAUCGACAACGCGCCGAGUCACUCUUGACGGAGGACACCCCUCGUGCUGGCUCAGUUAGGAGAUUUCAGCCUGAGCUCAUUGCCGGUGCUAUUCAAAUGUCUGCUUCCCGUGCAACACUGGUUUCCGCGGCCAGCAGUCCUAUGCUAGCCAAAUCUCAAUCUGCAUAUGUGAUUGGCUCUCCGGUCAACCAAUACAGGCGGUUCGUGCCCCAAAAUUUUGCAGUUCCACCCCGUGAAGGAACUUCGGUUACUCCACCAGGAAAAACCCAGCUCUCUUCGAAGGAGAAACGAAAACUGAACGCAGAACAUACACCCUGGAAAACCCACUGGGACAAGAGCGUCGCUUCUAUUCGCCACAGCCCUAGGCAGUUAGACAAUGACCUACGGACCAGCCGCAUUCAUCUUCGCGCACACUCCACCCCUCAACCCCGCGAGAACCAGGAUAUGGGCAUUGCGCCAUCUCAGAGCACUGUUCGCUCGAGGAUUGCCGCUCUGGAGGAGCGCUCACGCGGCCGUCCAUCUUCGUCCUACUCUUGA